CGGGUUCCAUGUGAAGAGUGCGCAAGAUGACGGGAGGAGAGGAAGGAGGAGGAACUAGACUUCAGAGGAGUCCGCUCCCAUAGGAAAACCCCUUGAAUAUGAACCGCUGAUAGCUCAUCAUCUGUCCAUGGGACUGCAGGGGGGGAGAGGAGGUGGCAGUAAAUAUCAGGUGCUGCAGGCUGCUCAGACUAAAGAGAAAUACCUUUCCACUAAAUAAAGAGUGGAGAGCAGCAGCAGGUGUUCUGCGUCGCCUUCUCAUUCAGACUCCUCUCCAGUGACGUGAGAAAGUCUCAGGCCUGCAGCUUUCAGAUGUGCACCUGAGAAGAUCAAAAACACUUUGCUGCCAUCUAGUGCAACGUUACUGUAAGGCCCAGAGGGCACUGAGCAUACCAACGUUGGGCUAUCCAUUGCAAACACAAAUCCAAAUCCUUUAAAAUGAACAAUGAUUAACCUGAUGCUGAACACUGAGAGGUCAAAGAGCAUUCCCACAGCAGAGGGCACUCCGAGGGGAUCUGUGUGUGGAGAGGACGCUCUUCUCCUUAUGCAAACCGCGCAGUAAUGGACCAGUUUGUGGGUUUAACUCCGAGGGAAACUGUGGAGAAAGUGUCCUCCUCUCUGGGCUGCAGCCCCACCUCUGCUGAGGUAGCUGCUCACCUGGACAAACAGGACCCUCUGAGAGCCCUGAGGGGGGAGUUCCUGCUGCCCACCGUGGCUGACCUGCCCCCCUCUGACCUCUCUAAGGUAAAUGGCAGUCAGGAGUGUAUCUACAUGGUGGGAAACUCGUUGGGUCUUCAGCCCAAAAAGGCCAGGAAGUAUCUGGAAGAGGAACUGGAGAACUGGGCCAAAAUGGGGGUCCACGGCCACGUUUUAGGCCCUCGCCCCUGGGCCUGGGCUGAAAACACCAUGGAGGAACUCAUGGCUAAUGUUGUUGGAGCUAAAACGGAGGAGGUGGCUCUGAUGAACGGCCUGACAGUUAAUCUACAUCUUCUACUGCUUUCUUUCUACAAACCCACAGCGACUCGGCAUAAAAUCCUCCUGGAAGACAAAGCCUUUCCUUCAGACCACUACGCAGUGGAGUCUCAGAUCAGACUGCGAGGGUUCGACCCUCAGAAGAGCAUGCUGCUGAUUUCACCCAGGCCGGGGGAGGAGACCCUGAGGACGGAGGACAUCGUGCGGCGGAUCGAGGAGGAGGGAGACUCCAUCGCCGUGGUGAUGUUCAGCGGAGUCCAGUAUUACACCGGACAGCUGUUCAACAUGGCCGCCAUCACUGAGGCCGGACACAGGAAGGGCUGUUUUGUAGGUUUUGACUGCGCUCACGCUGCAGGAAACGUCGAGCUGAAGCUCCACGACUGGGGGGUCGACUUCGCCUGCUGGUGCUCCUACAAGUAUAUAAACUCAGGUGCUGGCGGGAUAGCCGGGGCGUUUAUCCACGAGAAACACAAAGACACUGUCAAGCCUGCGCUGGUGGGCUGGUGGGGACAUGACCUGAAAACUCGCUUCCGGAUGAAUAACGUGUUGGACCUGCAGCCCGGUGUGAGUGGCUUCAGACUCUCCAACCAGCCCAUCCUGCUGGUGUGCCCCCUGCAGGCCAGCCUGGAGGUGUUCAACAUGACGAGCAUGCAGGAGCUGCGCAGGAAGUCCCUCCUCCUGACGGGGUACCUGGAGUUUCUGAUCCUGCAUUAUUUCCGUGAGGACGCCUCCCAGCCGCACAAAGCUCACGUGCGCAUCAUCACGCCCUCCGACCCGCAGCAGAGGGGCUGCCAGCUGUCGCUCUGCUUCUCCGUCCCCAUCAGGACCGUCUUCCAGGAGAUGGAGAAGAGGGGAGUCGCCUGUGACAUGAGGGAGCCCAGUGUGCUGCGGAUCGCUCCGGUGCCGCUCUACAACUCCUUCACCGACGUUCAUCGCUUCAUAGAAACUCUGCGAGACGCUCUCACUGCCAGCAGCACAUAAACACAGAGGUGUGUGUUCUACUCUGACCACACACAUACUCACCACUCAAGCCUAUGAUCUUAAACAUAUAUUUCUCUAGGUUUAGGAUCUUAAUAAAUGUUUUAAGACAUAUGUUUGGAUGGUUUAAGCCACUUGUUUCCAACCUGGGUGUCGUCAUCCUUCUUCUCUUAUCUUCCGUGGACAUGAAAUACAGACAACAGAGGUUUCACCUUUUAGUGAUGGAUCAGGAUUGAUUGAAGAGUUGUGCUAAGGAGUUUCACACAGGUGCAUUACAGGUUCACAAUAAAGCAAGUCAUUUCAGUCAUCUGCGA